AAUCAGGCAUGACAGUACAGAGGAGUGGAAUUAUCCCUCUGAUUAAUUAUUUGUACUUUAAUAACUUGGGGAGCACCCACCAAGAGCAGACUCAUGGCAAAUGUAACUUGGGGCAGUCUCCAGUGAGUGUGCAGUCAAAACAGCAAGCCAGCCAGAAAGGGGAAAAAAAAAAUUUUGGGUUUAUUCACAGGGUCCUCAGAGUGCAGACUCAAAGCUGCAGACAAAGGAUACAGGAAUGCACAGUUUAUCCCAUGUGGAAAUGGGAUCCUGUGGGUCCAGAGCUCAAGGAGUGAGCCAGUUUUGGUGGACAGAAGGUGGGACUCAGAGUACAAUUCCACAGCACCUCCUUCCUCGUGGAACUGCUCUCCAUAGCUUGGUUUGAUGUUUCCUGCUCACCAGCUCAGCUUUAAAGCUCAAAAAGGCCCAAAGCAGCUCCCUGAACUUCACCUGUAGCUACACAGCAGAGCAGAUCAUGCUCCAAGCUUGGAGAAUCUGAAAAAGUUCCCCACAAAGUCAGCGUUUGGGGUUGUAAAUCCAGUGCUGCAGCCCUGCCCACUCUUUCCAAACAUGGGGAGUAAGUGUGUGCCAGAAAAAUCAUCUCCCCAUCUUCCCUCGUGCUCCUCAGCUGAUGCUGAGCUCAUCCCAGUCUCAAAAUCCAGGGGAAAUCUGUCCUCUUGGCAGAUUGCACCUGGGUCAGGCUGACAGGAGCUGCCUCAGGCAGGAUUGACCCAUUGGGCUCUUUCUGGAGGUGCCCCAAAAUGUGCCCACAGCGCACUCAGAAGUUUUGUUUCUGUGGUAACUGAUCCUAUCCCUAACCUGUCCUGCCAUGGAGUUUUUUUCAGUGCUAACAGACAAGUAAACCAGCACUUGUGUCUCAUUUCCUUGGCAUGAAGUGACAGAGAAGCAAAAAAGAGAGGGAAAUAAAAUCUCACCCUCAUCUUAUGCCUUGUCAGCCUCUGUGAAAUCCAGACUCCAGUGGGAUAAUUCCUGAUGUGCUCCAAGGCAAAGCAUUUCAGGAGCUGAAUCAUCUGGGGGAUCAUGAAAUGUCUCCUGGUUCCUUUCCUUUCCUCUCCCUCCCCUCCCACUCCAUGCUGUAGUUAUUAUUUUGAAACAAGCUGGAAAGUUUUUGAGAAAAACUCUUAUUGUAGAUAUCCUCAAGUCUGAACCUGGCUGAGGAUUUUUUAAAGUCCUGUCAUGAGGGAAAUGAUGUCUUGGUCUAAAGAUCAGCAUAAUGCCUCCAUUGAUACUACAAUUGGCCCACACCAAAAUAUUUUGGUACCACAGAAUUAUUUACUGACACCUUUGAUUUGAUUUUGGUUUAAGAGUUUUGAUUGGGCUCUGAAAAUUGUCCUUUGACAGAGCUGCUGCUUUUUCCUACAAACACAGAAUCCCAGAGUUGUUUAGGGUGGAAGGGACCUUAAAGAUUAUCCAGUUCCACACCCUGCCAUGGGCAGGGACACCUUCCACUAUCCUAGUUUGCUCCCAGCCCUGUCCAGACUGGCCAGGAACAUUUCCAGGGAUGGGGCACUUUUUCUGUUUAAGUACAUUCAAGUCAAUGCCCCUGGCAGGGUUUAACUGGAAAGAAAGUUACCAGGAAAUGAUAAAAUUAAUGUGAUGAUAAGCUUUGGAGAUGAAGUUGGAAGCUGAGACAGCUCCUGAAGUCUUCAAAGAUGGUUCAAGAUCUAGCAAGGGUUACAGCACCAAGCUGAUGAAAUCCUCCAUUGCCACAUCCUGUGAGGUUAGGCCGGGAUACAGACAGGAAUUCCACUUUGUCCCUGUGAGAGCCAGAGGAAAACACAAACCUUUUGGAAACCCCUGAGCUUUCCCUCAGUGACCCUUUUGCCUUGGGAAGGAGCACCCAAGUGCUGCACCAGCAGGAGGAGUGGGUGCUGUGAUGUCACCUGGGUUGUGUUGACAUGGAAUGCAGGCCAUGUCCUGAGGCAUCUGCAGAGGCAUCACUGCUCUGGGAGCUGUGGGACAGUGUUGGACCUGGGUGGAUUUGAGAUGCUGCUCCUUACCCUCUCCUGUUUAGCUUCCCUGACCAGCCCUGUCCAGGCAGGUUUCGUUUCUCAGCAUUCUCAGCACAGAAGAGCUGCAGAACAUUCACUUGUGGGCUGUGGCCUCCGACCAUCCUACGAGUCCUUCCAGAAGACUGGCAAGAGGAUUGGCACAGGGACAGAUGUCAGGCCUGGGGAAUUGCCAUGGCUCGUGAGCAUCCAGAGCCAUGGGAAGCACAUCUGUGGAGGCACCAUCAUCAGUGCACUGUGGAUUCUAACUGCAGCCCACUGCUUUGCAGAUGAGCUGCCAGCAGAUCUGAGGGUGGCAGUGGGGAGAGUUGACCUCAGCUUCCCGCUGGAGGAGCACAACCCGGACAGCCUGAUCCUGCACGAGGAGUUCAACAGAACCAGCCUGCAAAAUGACAUUGCCCUGAUCCUGCUCAGCAGUCCCAUCAAGUUCAACAUGGAGAAAAUUCCCAUCUGCCUGCCCUUCGUAUGUGACAUGGACAUGUGGCAGCACUGCUGGGCUGCUGGCUGGGAGGGCACAAAUGCAGCAUCCCAUGUGCUGCAGAAAGCAAGGAUGAAGCUGAUCAACAGGGAGAAAUGCCUGAAGCACAUCCCACACCUCGUGGGGGGAACGAUGUGUGCUGAGACAGAGCAAGGAGGAGGAGAAGGAGGAGGAGGAGGAGGAGGCUGUCAGGUAAAGGGACCAUCCUGGUCUGCUUCAUGGCCAGGUUACACCCCGAAAGGAGACAGAAAUGGUUUUCCAGGAGCUUCAAGACAAAAAAAUUGGGAGGGAACCUCUGGUUCCAGGGUGGACAGCGGGGGACCUGUGGUCUGCAGCUACUGGAACACCAUGAAGUGGUUCCAGGUCGGCAUCAUCAGUGGAGGAAACCCAAACCACAGGAUUUUAACACCUGUUUACAGCUACCAGGACUGGAUUGAGAAGGAAACAGCCAUAAGGGGAAAACCUUUCUUCACUGAGGGUGUGGACAGUGGAGCGCAUCUCAGGGUUGCUCGUUCCAGGGCUGGAACACAGGUGGUGUUUCUGGGGUAUUGUCCCCUUUUAUUCAUGUUUUUAAUUGCAAUUACAUUACCCUGAGAGAAGGUUUUUGAAAAUAAAAGUCAGAACUGCCA